AUGGCGCGCGCUCGUGUUGCACCACUCAAGGUCAUGAGCAUCCCAAGGCUUGAAUUACAAGCUGGGUUGUUGGGUGCGAGACUUUACAACACUUUGAAACAGCACCUUGACAUAGGUAAAGUAGUUUUUUGGACUGAUUCGAAGACUGUGCUGAGUUGGCUCCGUUCAGAUAGCGGUCGUUUCAAGCCUUUCGUUGCCCAUCGUGUCAGUGAAAUUUCGGAGCUGACUGACGUCCAUCACUGGAGGUGGGUGCCGUCAGGGCUGAACGCGGCGGACGACGCUACUCGUGAGACCACUGUAGAUGACAACACACGGUGGCUUCAUGGGCCGUCAUUUCUUCGAGAAGCCGAGGAUCUUUGGCCAUCAGAGGAAAAAGACAUUAUCUUGGACCCGGGUGACGUCGAGAUAAAAAUCUGUGCUUUGGCUGUCGAAAACCUUGAGUUGCUGGACAUUACUCGGUUCUCACGUUAUUGGAGGUUGGUCAGAAGCACUGCCUGGGUUUAUCGAGCAGUCUAUAAUUGGACUCAUAAGACUGAUGCACGCCAAGGUGAACUCACAGCCGAUGAAGUCAAAGCUGCAGAACUUUCCCUAAUAAAAGAAAGUCAACGGCGAAUGUUUCAAGAUGACAUAGAAAACGUCAUGAAAACGGGAUGGGUCAAUAAAUCCAGUUCGCUCCGUCAGCUGACACCAUUUCUGGAUGAAAACGGUAUCUUCCGUGUUCGUGGAAGAAUUAGCGGAGCAGAACAAGUCGACAUGGAUUUUAGACAUCCUAUAAUUCUCCAUCCUAAGGACAGAUUUGUCAAAUUAUUGCUUAUGCAAUAUCACAUUGACUCCGUUCACAACGGCCGAGAGCGGGUAUUGAUCGAGGUACGACGUAGAUUCUGGGUGCUUAAUGGUCGCUGUGCUGUCAAAAGCACCUGGAAUGAAUGUCAGUACUGCAAGAACAGAAGAGUUAAGCCAGUGACACCUCUUAUGUCCAAUUUGCCCAAUAUUCGUCUGAAGGAAGUUGACCGGCCUUUUAAGUAUACUGGGCUGGAUUAUUUUGGACCUUUGAUAGUAAAGGUUGGACGAAGACAAGAAAAGAGAUGGGUGGCUUUGUACACUUGUCUGACCGUACGAGCUAUUCACCUCGAAGUGGUUCAUGACUUGACCACUAGCUCAGUUAUUAUGAGUCUCAGGCGGCUAAUAGCCCGACGAGGUUGCCCGAGUCUUAUUUAUAGUGACAAUGCCACUACAUUUCGUGGAGCUGAUCGCGAGCUAAAACAGGCUGUACGAGCCAUUGACAAUGAAGAGCUUAUUAGGUUCGGAAGUAUUCGUCAACUUGAGUGGCGGUUCAUAGCACCUAAUGCUCCCCACAUGGGCGGAUGCUGGGAGCGUUUAGUAAGGUCUGUAAAGACCAGCCUUAAGGUGACCCUUAAGACUAGGAAUCCGACUGACCAGACUUUAUUAACGUUGCUUGCUGAGACUGAAUUUAUGAUUAACUCAAGACCUUUGACAUACGUACCUUUAGACCAUGAUGACGACUUACCUCUGACACCAAAUGAUUUUCUGUUUAUGAAAACCGACUCUCAUGACUAUCCCUUUGGAGUAUUCACUGAUUAUGACCUACUAAGACGGACCUGGAGGGAAUCCCAGCGACUUGCAGACUUGACUUGGAAGCGCUGGGUAAAGGAGUACCUGCCGACUUUGACUCGACGUGACAAAUGGUACCGCGACAACGACAGACCACUGAUUGUAGGUGACCUAGUAGUGAUUGCUGACGAUCAGCUACCCCGCAAUCAGUGGCCUCUUGGCAGGGUCGAUCAGGUUUUCCCUGGCAAGGACGGCCUGAUCCGUGUGGCCCAAGUCAAGACAAGACAUGGACUUUACAUUAGACCUGUGACAAAGUUGUGUCGGCUGGACGUCCGCUCCUCAACUUGA